GUUUUUGCCGCUUAGUUCGGAGUGCAGUGUUCAGAGUUCAGAGAGGGCAAAAUCAAAUGAAGCUCGCAGGCCUGAAAUCCAUCGAAAACGCACAUGAUGACUCAGUGUGGGCCGCCGCUUGGGUCCCGGCCACCGAAGCCCGACCUGCACUCCUCAUGACCGGAUCUCUCGACGAGACUGUCAGGUUUUGGAAGUCCGACGACCUCGUGCUGGAACGCACCAACACCGGUCACUGCCUCGGUGUCGUUUCUGUCGCUGCUCAUCCCUCUGGCGUAAUCGCUGCCUCCGCCUCAAUUGACAGCUUGGUUCGGGUCUUCGAUGUCGAUACCAACGCUACCAUCGCCAGUCUCGAGGCUCCUCCCUCUGAAGUCUGGCAAAUGCGGUUCGAUGCUAAGGGUACCACUCUUGCAGUUGCUGGUGGUGGCAGUGCAUCAAUCAAGCUCUGGGAUACUGCUACAUGGAGGUUGACUGCCACUUUAUCAAUUCCUCGUCCAGAAGUAUCCAAGCCUUCUGACAAAAGCGGCAGCAAGAAGUUUGUGCUCUCUGUUGCAUGGAGCCCUGAUGGAAAACGUCUUGCUUGUGGUUCAAUGGAUGGCACCAUUUCAGUUUUUGAUGUAGCUCGAGGAAAAUUUCUACAUCACCUUGCAGGCCAUUACAUGCCUGUGAGGUCUCUUGUGUUUUCUCCUAAUGAUUCAAGAAAGCUCUUCUCUGCCUCAGAUGAUGCACACGUACACAUUUAUGAUGUCGAGGGGAAAUCUCUGAUUGGGGCCAUGUCAGGUCAUGCAAGCUGGGUGUUGAGCGUGGAUGCAAGCCCAGAUGGAGAGGCUAUUGCAACUGGCUCAAGUGAUAAAACUGUACGACUAUGGGACCUUAGGAUGAGAGCGGCCCUGCAGACAAUGAGCAAUCACACAGACCAGGUCUGGGGAGUGGCAUUUCGACCUGGUGUUCGUGCUGCUGGACGGCUUGCUAGUGUUUCUGAUGACAAGAGUAUAUCGCUGUAUGAUUAUUCCUGAGCCUAUAUGGUUUGUUGGAGUUAACGAUAUGGAGUUCAGUUCGUCAGAAAGUGCAUUUACUGCAUAUUUAAUCAUUUCUGAUCUAGUUGAUACGAUAGUCUGCUUUCUUUUUUUGAACAAUUACAAAUGUGAGCUGGACUGAAUUGAAUCCAGCACAUGGCUGAGAGGUGUACUUUUUAGAAUCCGGGCUAGGAACCCAAGUACAAAACUUGGCUAUCUUCUCCCCUUUUUUCUAUAUAUAUACACAAGUGGUUGGCUGCACGUUUUUCAAUCAUUCUCUUAGGCUGCUAUUAAUAUCAUUUGUGUUGUUUUUAUGCUCUAAACACUCUUUAAUAUAUUAAGUUGCUUACA